AGUUGAAAAAGCAAAAAUCACCAAACAUUUGUUGCGUCUCAGAACAGGUGAAAUUUCAAAUCAUUUUUUUGUAAAUCAACAAUGAAUUCUUUUAAUACAAGUGCAGUGUCAGAGAGUACGCAAAACGUUCCACUAGACGAAAAUCCAGGCCGUUCUACCCCUGCUCCUGAACAGACGUAUUUUUUCACCGGGACCGUUGAGCGCGUAUUAGCAUGGAACAGAAUAUUCAAACAUCCUUGCUACUUCGAAGUCAUUGCGUAUGUGCUUUCGUUGCAAGAGGGUGAGCUUAACUGCCACAAAACCAUUCUCUUGAAGGACAAAAAAGGCCCCAUAUUGCAAGCUACCUACUACUCGAACUACAAUAUUGACGAAAGCGUGAUACGUGUGGGCCAAAUGUUACGAUGUGUUGGUUACAUGACUGGUGUCAACACUUUAACCGCUGUGAGCAUUAGAUCGGCAACUUCUGACGAAGUGGCCGCCUUGAAGCGCUUCUGCUACAUUGGCGAUUUCACCAUUUCUGGGUUAAUUAAUGGCGAAAAUAAGAAAUAAUAUUGUUGGUUGCCUAAAAGCCGGGCGUUUGAUUUAUUUGAAAAUGAAAAAUGUCACUAAUUUUCAAAAAUAAAUGUUUCCUGUGUUUGA